AUGGGACUUUUAGUUGCCGUACUUGUUUUCUUUCUUCAAUCCUUUCCUCUACUUGUACCAGCUGAAGCCACUAAAACUGCAUUUUUACCACUCACAAACACUAACGAAGUCAAAGUGAGAUGUGUUAAGAGUGAAAGGAAAGCCCUUUUAAGAUUCAAAGAGAAUCUCACAGAUCCAUCUGACCGACUGGCUUCUUGGGUUGGCAAAGAAUGCUGCAACUGGAAAGGUGUUUUCUGUGACAUACAAACUGGUAAUGUCAUUAGGCUUGAUCUGAAUGAUAAAUCAGGCAAUUGCAUUUGGAAGAAAAAGGGCUAUUUUAUUUCUGGCAAUUCAUCAUCUUGUUUGGGUGGCAACAUAAGUCCUGCUUUACAAGACUUGCAACACUUGGAAUUUCUAGACUUUGGUGGCAAUGACUUCCAAGGACUUGCCACUCCCAGUUUCUUGGGUUCUCUUGGAAAUUUACAAUAUCUUAACCUCAGUCAUUCAUCCCUUAUUGGUAUUCCUCCUUCAUUUGGAAAUUUAUCAAGUUUACGUUAUUUAGACCUUUAUGCAUAUUCGUAUCCUUACGAUAAUGCUGAAAGUAGUUGGAUCAAAGAUUUGAGUUGGGUUUCAGGUCUGUCUUCUUUGAGGUAUCUUGAUCUUUCUUUUAUAGACCUUUCUUUGGCAACAAACUGGCUUGAGGAUUUUAAUAAGCUGCCAUGUUUAGUGACUCUUCGUUUGCAAAACAGUAGUCUUCACUAUCGCCCUUAUUCCUUCCUCAACUGGAAUAUGACUUCUCUUUCUUAUCUCUCCCUUUCACAGAAUAACUUUGUUAAUGCUGUGUUGCCUAAAUGGUUGUCUAAUGCCACCGCGAUUGAGACACUUUAUAUUAGAUACAACGAUAUUGAAGGCCCCAUAUCAAAUGUUGAGUGGGGUAAACUCUGUAAUUUGCGGGAGUUGUAUCUAAUGCACAAUAAACUUAAUGGAGACAUAAGUCGAGUAGUGGAAGGAUUGUCCAGCUGCAGCAACACAACCAUAGAGGUCUUACGUCUUGGGGAUAACACGUUGACAGGACAACUGCCAAAUUCGUUAGGACAUUUGAAGAAGUUAAGGAUUCUUACUAUUUCAAUUAACCUGAUAUCAGGCACGAUUCCAACAUCUAUUGAACAUCUUUCACGGUUGGAAACCUCACCAGUAUCGAGCUUAGAAGUUGCAAUUUGGGUCCCAAGUUCCCGACAUGGUUGGAAACUCAAAAGCAACUUGAGUUUGUUGUUCUCUAAUAACUCCAUUUCAGAUCCUAUACCUCCUUGGCUUUGGACUCUGUGCUCACAAUUGCAAUGGCUCGAUCUAUCGGAUAAUCAGAUUGGUGGAACUCUUCCUAGGUCAGUAAGAUUUCCAACAAUCUCAAGCUGGACAGUACUGGACUUCUAUUUCAGUUACUAUUAUGGUGUCGUGGUGGACUUAAGCUCCAAUCACUUCCAUGCAAGAGUGAAGCGGCUAUCGAGAUUGGACCUUUCAGACAAUCAUUUGUCUGGAACGAUCCCUGAUUGGUGGUAUGAUUUGCAACAACUUCAGGUCAUAGAUUUGUCAGGAAACUAUCUUUCAGUUAGUAUUCCUCCUUCAAUAUGUUCACCACCUUCACUUUUUUGGUUGAGAGUGAGUCGCAAUAACCUUUCUGGAGAAUUUCCAAAAUCGUUAAGCAAUUGCAAAAGCUUGCUUACACUUGACAUUGGAGAGAACAAAAUCAAUGGCACGAUACCAGAGUGGUUCGGAAAAAGCCUAUUAUCUUUGCAAAAGCUUAGAAUGACUAGUUCUAUCCCUUCCUGCCUGGGAAGCUUGAGAGCUCUUAAGUCUGUGAAAUUUUACAAGUGGUUUCCCAACUAUGGCUAUUUCAACUAUGUUUUUACACCCAAGAUGAAGUUGGUUAAGAAAGGAACAAUGAUGACAUACACCUUUACUUUAGAUCAAGUGAAUCUUAUUGAUCUUUCCUGCAACAAUCUUCACGGUGAAAUCUCGAAUGAGAUUACAGGUCUCUCAGCCUUGGGCACAUUAAAUUUAUCUUGCAACCAAUUAUCAGGAAGAAUUCCAGAGAACAUAGGGAGGAUGCAGCAAUUGGAGACACUAGACCUUUCCUCUAACAAUCUCUCGGGUUCUAUCCCGUUGAGCAUGACAUCCAUCACCUCAUUGAGCCAUCUUAACUUGUCAUAUAACAACAUGCAUGGCCCUAUACCAACAACAUACCAAUUCGGAACCUUUACUGAUCCUUCAUGUUUUGAAGGUAAUCCAAAACUUUGUGGGAAACCAUUGAUUACAGAAUGCUCUUCACCUGGAAAAAAAGAAAUGAAAAAGAUAAUUGAAGACAACGAUUAUGAUGAGCAUGAGAUAAGGCUAUGUUUUUUUGUGAGCGCGGCAGUGGGAUUUGUUGUAGUGUUUUUGGCGACAUUCAGCAGCUUAAUGAUAAAAAAAUCGUGGGGAUACUGCUACUUCCAUUUCUUGGAGGAAGUUGGAGAAAGAAUUAUCAGGUGCUGUUUGGCCUUCAUGACUUGCCUUUUCAGCGGCAGGAGGACUUAA